GUGUGUGUCCAUGCACACAUGUGCAUGCAUGUGUUUGUCGAUUAGUGAGUGCACACUGCGUGAUACUGCUGCUUUCACUGAUCAUUACCUAUCUUCUUGGCUGAGGACUGGUUGACACUCUGGACUAGUCAUGGAGUCAGGAAAGCAGCUAACAGGCACACUGGCUGUGGCUGUGUUCACAGCAGCUCUUGGGUCCCUGCAGUAUGGCUACAGUCUGGGUGUCAUCAAUGCACCUCAACAGGUCAUUCAGAAGCACUAUGGACGAUCAUUGGGGGUGUGGUCAGAGGAGGCUGCUGUGCUGUCAGAAAACAGCACAAGCUCAGAGGCGGGUGCAGACCCUUCCGUGGUCAUGUAUUGGUCAUUGUCGGUGGCAAUCUUUUCCGUUGGUGGCAUGUUCUCCUCCUUCCUGGUGGGAUUUGUGGGAGACCUGAAAGGCAGGGUAAAGGGCAUGUUAAUGGUAAACUUUCUGGCUGUAGCUGCUGGUCUUCUGAUGGGUCUUAGCCGGAUGUGGAAACCUCAUAUCAUGGUCAUCGCAGGCCGUGCUGUUAUGGGCUUUUACUGUGGGUUGUCAUCUGGGCUAGUGCCGAUGUAUAUUGGAGAGAUUGCACCGAAGGCUUACAGAGGAGCUCUGGGGACAUUACACCAACUGGCUAUUGUCACUGGCAUCCUACUCAGCCAGGUACUAGGUUUGGACUUUAUACUUGGUAAUGAUGACAUGUGGCCCAUCUUGCUUGGUCUGUCUGGGGCUCCGGCUUUGUUACAAACCCUUAUGCUGCCUCUGUGCCCCGAGAGCCCACGGUACCUUUAUAUCCUAUUGGGCAAGGAACAAGAAGCUCGAAAAAGUCUACAUCGGCUAAAGGGGGCAUAUGAUCCAACUUCUGAUUUGGAGGAGAUGAGGAAAGAGAAAGAGCAGGCAGACAAGGAGCCCAAAGUGUCUAUCCUUUCUUUGAUGUGCUCCUCUGUGUACAGGCAGCAGCUGUUUGUUGCGCUCAUGAUGCACCUCUCCCAACAGUUGUCUGGCAUCAAUGCUAUAUUUUAUUACUCUACAUCUAUCUUCGAACUGGCUGGUGUUGGACAACCAGUCUAUGCCACCAUAGGAGUGGGGGUCAUCAACACCAUCUUCACUAUGGUGUCUGUUGCACUCGUGGACAAAGCUGGUAGGCGUACUCUUACCCUGGUUGGUCUGGGAGGGAUGUGCUGCUGUGCUGUUGCCAUGACAGUGGGCCUGAAAUUUCAGAAUGACUACUCAUGGAUGAGCUAUGUCAGCCUGUCGGGUGUCUUCCUUUUUGUGAGUUUCUUUGAAAUUGGUCCUGGUCCUAUUCCAUGGUUCAUAGUGGCCGAACUGUUCAGCCAAGGACCUCGACCAGCAGCCAUUGCUCUUGCUGGAUGCUGCAACUGGACCAGUAACUUCAUCAUAGGCAUGACAUUUCCAUACAUACAGAAGUGGUUGGGCAGUUAUGUGUUCAUCCUGUUUGCUAUGAUGCUUUUCGGCUUCACUGUGUUUACUUAUCUCCGCGUCCCUGAGACCAAGGGUAAAACCUUUGAGGAGAUUGCUGAGGUCUUCAAGAAGGGACGAAAAACUAAAAAGGCACAGAGCCCCAAAGACGAAACUGAACUGCAGCAGCUCAAAACAGCCUCAGAUGCUUGAGACAAGAGUUGUGUGUUUGUGUAGUCUGUUUGUGUUUGUGUGUGCGCAUGGGUGUACACAUCAUUCAAUGUGGUGUUUGUUUCUAUGUUUAUGUAUGUUUGUCUUUUUAGUAUUACCGGAAUUACUGAUAGAAUAUAUAAAAAAACAACACUGCAAUAUCAUGUUGCCGUUAAUAGCCACUCUAGUGGUGUGGCUCUAUGGGUGGCAAUGUUGAUUUUUGCAUUCAUGUUCCCCCCUUGUUUUCCCUCUAUUAACAUUGUCACUGUGAACAUCAAUGAACAUUCAAGCCUUUUGCAAAACAGUUCACGCAAUGUUGAUUAAACCUAUUGCCGCCACUGGCGACUGUCCUGUGUUGGUGCACUGGGAAUGAUACGUUGUAUGUCAACCAGUAAGCCUGAUAACUUCUAACUAUUUAUCCUCAUUGCCAGAAGGGGGAGACAAAAGUUCCACACUGCAGGUAUAACAUCUAAGCCCAGGUUUAACAUCUAAGCCUAGACCACCUCACAAAAUCGCUAGUGUGGCUACAACCUCUUAAUCUUAUAUGGAGUAUUGUUUACAUUUCAAAUAGAAAUAAGGGGUGGGUUCUGAUUGCAUUGUAUUCUCUGCCAUCAUAAUAUAAUAUUUGAUUGCAGUAUUUUAUCCUGCUGGUCAUCAAUGGAUAAUAUCAUUGUGUUAUUAGUGAGCCAAGAAAUGAAACAGUGUUCGUAUUCACAGAAACAUAAAGUGAUAUAAUUCAAAUAUUACUUUCAAUAUUACUACAAGUGUCAUUUGUGACAUUUGGGUACCUCUGCAUUUUCGCUGUGAGCUAAACAGCCAUCAGCUAACACACACACCUGGAAACACAGGAAACUUACAGUGCCUUAUCUUCAAACUGUAAAAACAACAAGUUCUUUAAAGACGUACAGUAUUUUACAUCAUUACAAUGCAAUAUAGUAGAUAUCCUACCAUUAUUAAUCACUGUUCCAUUUGCAUUUUUGGCACAGCUGUUUUGUAAUGUGAUGGCAUAUAUAAAAAGGGAACUUUGGGAAAGAAAUGCUUGUCUGUUUCUUUUUAUACAAAGCAAAACUUAAUUCUAUUUCAAAAAUGGUCAAACAGAUAAUGAAUAAAUCAUGAAAAGUUUGAAAUCCAAAUUAUUUUUCUCAUAAAUGCAAGAUGGUGGACAGGUUUUGUGAUAUUACAAAAGGCUAAUCUUGAAUCUAUUGUUACUUUAGACAUAGUAAAGUAACUAUCAUAUUCUGGCAGGUGAAAGCUAUGGAGAUGUAGUGUUUUUGUUAUUGUUUUUAUUAAUAUAAUCUUAACCUAACCAGACUGUAUAACAUCAUGUACUAUAUAUCCAUGAUAAAUAUAAUCCAAGUAAUUUAACCAAACUCUAAGAAAUAGUGACUCAGUACUGAAUAAAUGGUCGAUAUAUUGUCCA